GGGAAGGAGACGAACUCAAGGAAGAGUUGAUUCUUCUCGAAGAGAGAGCUCACCCCGUCAAAACCGCACCAGAUUGCUGUUGGGCGGAAGAAAUUAUCUUGAAACCUCUUGCCGCAAAGCAAAUGUAUAGUGGGACAAUCGCCUCAACCAAAGCAAUAUCACGAAACUUUUGUGGUAACCUUGGGUACAGAAGAAUAAGCUACACUCAUCCUAAGCUUUAUGAUCCAUUCCAUGUGCUUGGACUGCACAGGAGUGCAACCAAGAAUGAAGUAAAAACAGCAUACCUAAAGCUAGCAAAACAAUACCACCCCGAUCUCUUUCAAUUGGAGACGGAGAAGCGAUCGGCACAAGCUAAAUUCGUUGAAGUUCAGAAAGCAUAUAGGCACCUUGCAGGAAUACCAGACUCAUACCACAUGGACAUCAAUACUUUCCACAAGGUGCAUGA